AUGAACUUUUAUACUAAAGAAAAUUCUGGAAUUAAAAGAAAUUCUACUGAUGAUGUUUCUAGAUUAUUAAGUUCUAAACUUCUUUUAGGAUGGGCUUUAUUAGAUGAUUGUUGUAAUAUUCAUUUUAUACCUCUUUUGCGUUCCCCUCAGAAUAAGCUUUUAAAAGAAUGUGUAUUAUGUGUAGCAGAGCAAGAACAUUGCAAUAAUAAACAGUUAAAUCAAAAAUUGAGACCAGUUAAUGAAUGUUUAGAAAAAAAUGAAAAUAAUAUUUAUGAGAAAAAUGAUGUGUCUUUUCGUUGUAUGAAAAAUUCUGAAUUAUCUGAAUCUUUGCAGAUAUUAGAAUGUGCUUCCAACAAUGUAUUUUCUUCUUUAAAAAGAUGUUGUGCGAUAAUUGAUUCUUCAAAUAUUGAAUUGGAGCUAUAUUUAGUUUCAAAAAUAAAGAUGUGUGUUGAAACUUUAGAAUCUCUUGAAAGAUGUAAAGCUUAUUUUGAAAAAAAAUGCUGA